UUUUUUCAGAUUGGUUCCACAACUCUUCAAUACAGGUUAUUUGAGCCUAGUUUCAAGGACAAAUACAUCAUAACAAAACAACAUUAAAAUUCAUAACAUUCAAUAUCAUAAACAUCAUAAUUUUUACAAAACUGAAUCGUCCGUCAUAUUAUCACUAUCAAACACCUGAAACUUUCAUAAUAUAACAAAAAAAGAAAACAAACAUGUCAUACAAAUCAUCAUAUUUAUUAGUUUUAAUUUUGUGUUUAACUUUAGUUUUAAAUGUUUCAAGUGCUAGAAAAUCCCGAAUAGAACCUAACCAAAGAAAUAGAGGUAAACAAUCUGAUAGUGGAAAUACUGGCACAACAGGAACAGCACCAUUAAUUGAUAGAAAACCUAUAGUAUCACCAGCAUCAUCUGAAUCAAAUUUAGCUGAAAAUAAUAAUAAUGCUAAUAAAGAAGAAAAUAAUUCUUCGGGUACACUAACGUAUACGAGUAGUCAAGUUGAUGAUGAAUGUGAAUCAGAUAUGAUUGGUUUUGAAAUAGUUACAGGAUAUGUUUUCUCAGCACCGGAGAAAAUUAUAGAUUCGCUACCCGGUACAUUAAUGUUAACUGAAUGCUUAGAAGCAUGUCAAGUAAAUGAAACUUGCAGUUCAGUUAAUUAUGAAACUGGACUAUGUGUUUUAUUCUCAUCGAAUGCCGAUAAAUUACCAGGUGCUCUAACGAAAUCCCAAUUUCCAGUUUUCACAAUUUAUGCUCAAAAAUCAUGUUUAGGUGUUAAACCAUGUGCCAGAGCUUGGUGUAUUGAUCGCGUACAAAAUUAUAAAUUAAAUGGACAUGUUAAAAGGACUGUCAAUGUAAAUACAAGAAGAGAUUGUCUUGAAUUGUGUCUAGGUGAAACCGAAUUCCAAUGCAGAUCAGCUAACUUUCAUCGUAAUACUCAUAUAUGUGAACUUUCUCAAAUGGAUCGUAUAACAUUAGCAGGAUCAAAUGCUUUUCAAUUACAUGAUGGUGUUGAUUAUCUUGAAAAUAAUUGUGCCGAUGAACCAAAUAAACUAUGUGAAUUCAAACGUUUAUCUGGACGUAUAUUAAAAACAGUUGAUUCAGUAUAUCAAGAUGUUUCAAGUAUUGAUGAAUGUCGUGAUUUAUGUUUAAAUUCAGCUUAUAGAUGCCAUUCAUAUGAUUUUGGUGAUACUGGAGAUAUGGUAUGCCGAUUAAGUCAUCAUAGUCGUGCCACAUUAUCAGAUAUACAAGAUCCAUAUUUAAAUGUACCAGAAGCAGCAACAUAUGAACUAUCAUCAUGCUAUAAUGUUUCAAUUGAAUGCCGUGGAAAUGAUAUGGUUGCACGUAUAAGAACAUCAAAAUUAUUCAAUGGUAAAGUAUAUGCAAAAGGUUCACCAAAGUCAUGCUCAGUUGAUGUAAAAAGCUCACUUGAUUUUGAGUUACGCAUGGGUUAUUCAGAUUUAGAGUGCAAUGUCCGACAGAGUGGUAGUGGACGUUAUAUGAAUGAUGUUGUUAUACAACAUCAUAAUAUGAUUGUAACAUCAUCUGAUUUAGGAUUAGCUGUAACAUGUCAAUAUGAUUUAACAAAUAAAACAGUUGCAAAUGAAUUUGAUUUAGGUGUUACUGGUGAAAUCGAACCAGCAUUAUCUGAAGAAGUAAUUGUUGAUUCACCAAAUGUUAUGAUGAAAAUAACAUCACGUGAUGGUAAUGAUAUUAUGCGUUCAGCUGAAGUUGGUGAUCCAUUAGCAUUACGUUUUGAAAUAUUAGAUAUUGAAUCACCAUUUGAAAUAUUUGUACGUGAAUUAGUUGCAAUGGAUGGUGGUGAUAAUGCUGAAAUAACAUUAAUUGAUUCAAACGGUUGCCCAACAGAUCAUUUUAUUAUGGGACCAAUAUAUAAAAGUGAACAAUCUGGAAAAAUUUUAUUAUCACAUUUUGAUGCAUUUAAAUUUCCAUCAUCAGAAGUUGUACAAUUUAGAGCAUUAGUAACACCAUGUAUGCCAACAUGUGAACCAGUACAAUGUGAUCAAGAAGAUGGUAGUGGUGAAUUAAAAUCAUUAAUAUCAUUUGGAAGAAAGAAGAGAUCUUUAAAUGAAACUUCUUCAAUUGGAGAAAUUAGAGUAAAACGUACACCAAUUACUGCAACAACAUCAACAGGAACAGUUGCUGGAUCAAAUGCUAAAACCAACCACGAUGAUAUGCUUUUAGUACAAUCCAUACAAAUUACUGAUAAAUUUGGUUUCGAUAAACACAAACAAUCUAAGUCUGGUGCUAAUGGUAGUAGUGAAACUGUAUUCAUGAGCAGCAAUGAUGGUCAUGGUUUCUGUGUUAAUGCAAUUGGUUUAAUUAUUGCUAGUACAAUCUUUUUAUUAGCACAAUUAGCUGUUAUUGCAAUAUGGACUUAUUUAUAUCAACGUCGACGCAAAAGUAUCGAUGCAAAUGAAAGUUCAAGUUUUGGUAGUGGGAAUGCAUCAACAGCAGCUUUAGCAGCUGCAGCAGCAGCACAUCAUCAUCAUCAUCAUCAUCAUCAUGCUAAUUCUAGUAAUUUAUCAACAUCAUCAAAUUUAUCUGAACCAUUAAGUAAACUAUAUGAAGGUGGAUUUUCAAGUAGACAUUCUCAUCAAUUUUAA